AUGAGAAUUGAACCUGGUGAACAAGGAUACAAGGGACCAGUGUUGUUUCCGGGCAAUGGACAAUUCCCAUCACGCCCAUGCAAUCGACCAGGGGAGUUGAUCACUAAUUGCGGCACCAGUUGUCCCAAGACAUGUGCCAACCUGGGUCAAAAGAUGAUGUGCACAAUGGGGUGUGUUACUGGUUGUUUUUGUCAACUGGGCCUCGUGCGCGAUUAUAAAGGAAUGUGGCGUCGUGGUGGGGGAUCCGGAGAAAAUGCACCACCAGUUGCACAGCCUGUUUGUAAAGUAACAGGUGAAGAAUACCAGUUGUACGGUAGCCCGUGUCCCGAUACAUGUGCCAACAAAGACGACAAUGGACAUCGUGAAGAAUACACAGAGGACGGCAGUGCGUGUCCCGAUACAUGUGCCAACAUGGACGACAGGGUAGGGCGUAUUUGCGCAAGGAUAUCUGGAUGUUUUUGCAAAAUACCCCUUCUGCGCGAUCAUCAAGGUCGUUGUAUUCAUCGCGAUGAUUGCCAUAAAAUGUUGCUUGAUAGUUGGAGAUCCAGGACAACCAAACCACCAGUUGCACAGUCUGUGUGUAAAGUACCAGGUGAAGAAUACGUACUACACGUUAGCCCCUGUCCCGAUACAUGUGACAACAAAAACGACAAGGGACAUCGUCCGUGCCCAGCAAUUCUGAAGGGACCUGGGUGUUCUUGCAAAAAGCCUUUUGUGCGCGAUGGCCAUGGUCGUUGUGUUCAUCCUGAUGAUUGUAAUCGACAAGAUGUCGGAACGUGGCAUCGUGGUGGGAGAUCCAGGGGAAACGAACCAUCUGUUGCACAGCCUGUUUGUAAAGUACCAGGUGAAGAAUACGUACUCCACGUUAGCCCCUGUCCCGAUACAUGUGCCAACAAAGACGACAAUGGAUAUCGUGCGUGUCCAGCAAUUCUCAAUGGACCUGGAUGUUCUUGCAAAAAGCCCCUUGUACGCGACGACCAUGGUCGUUGUGUUUAUCCAGAUGAUUGUAAUCGACAAGAAAGGUUGCCCAGGGAAAACGAAGCACCCGUUGCACAGCCUGUUUGUAACGGAACCGGAGAAGAAUACGUACUUCACGUUAGCCCCUGUCCCGAUACAUGUGCCAACAAAGACGACAAGGGACAUCGUGCGUGUCCACUAGUUCUGUAUGGACCUGGAUGUUCUUGCAAAAAGCCCCUUGUGCGCGAUCAUCAAGGUCGUUGUAUUCAUCCUGAUUAUUGUAAUCGAGUGAUUGUAAUCGGGCCAGAUGGUGGGAGACCUAGGACAAAUGAACCACCAGUUGCACAGCAUGUUUGUAGCGGUACGGGCGAGGAAUACCAGGUGUACGGUAGCCCGUGUCCCGACACAUGUGACAACAAAGAUGAUAAUGGACGUCGUGGGUGUCCAGGGGUUCCGUUUGCAUCUGGCAUAUUUUACACAAUAUUUUCUAUUAUACACCCAUGGGAACAUUUCACGGACUGCGGCACCAGCUGUCCCAAGACCUGUGCCAAUAUGGGUGUGGAGAUGAUGUGCACAAUGCAAUGUGUGUCCGGCUGUUUCUGUCAACCAGGCAUGGUACGCUCUUAUCGAGGUCGUUGUAUUCUACCUGGACUCUGUAAUUUGCCAAUUUAA